AUGAACCUCCGGCACGCGCUCGUCGUCCUCGGCGCCGCGCGCACCAUGGCCGCCGACGAAACCAAGCCGGCCUGGCGGCCCGCCGGCGUGGUCGCUUUGAUCGGCAUAGACGGAGACAAAUGGUGGAGCGGGCACUGCCGCUUCACCACCGGAGACUGCCUCUACAACCCCCCGACGGGGAGGGUAAACCUCGAGCUGGUUAAAGACCCCCUGCCGCGCAAGGAACAGUACCUCACGCCGGCGGGGUGUGACGAAGAGUCUCCGUGCGACGAGGACGAGCAGCCUUGCCUUGUGCACCAGGCCAGCCUGAAGGCGUACUGCAGACUGUCCAGCGAGCCGUACUUUUACUGGAUGAGGCCGACGGUCGAACCCAACGAGUGA